GUCACCGCGUGACGUCACCUCCCGCUCCGUCCGUCGCGGCGGCCGCGGCCAUGAGCAAGCGGAAAGCGCCGCAGGACAGCCCCAACCAGCCCAUCACCGACUUCCUCACGGAGCUGGCUAACUACGAGCGCAACGUGAGCAGGGCCAUUCACAAGUACAACGCCUACAGGAAAGCCGCCUCGGUUAUCUCCCGCUAUCCCACCAAGAUCCAGAGCGGGGCCGAAGCCAAGAAGCUGGAUGGCGUCGGUGCUAAAAUAGCUGAGAAGAUCGAUGAGUUCUUAUCCACUGGGAAGCUACGUAAGCUGGAGAAGAUUCGCCAGGAUGAUACAAGUUCAUCCAUCAAUUUCCUGACUCGAGUUACUGGCAUUGGUCCUGCUGCUGCUAGGAAGUUUGUGGAGGAAGGAGUGAAGAGUUUAGAAGAUCUAAGGAAAAUUGAGCACAAGCUGACCCAUCACCAGCGAAUUGGCCUGAAAUAUUUUGAAGACUUUGAGAAGAGAAUCCCAAGGGAAGAAAUGCUGCAAAUGCAGGAAAUUGUGCUGAGAGAGGUAGAGAAGCUGGACCCAGACUAUAUUGCCACAGUCUGUGGCAGUUUUAGACGAGGUGCAGAGUCAAGUGGUGACAUGGAUGUUCUCCUCACUCACCAGAGCUUCACAUCUGAAUCAUCCAAGCAGCCCAAACUGCUGCGUCAGGUUGUAGAGCAACUGGAGAAAAUCAACUUUAUCACAGACAUGCUGUCUAAAGGUGACACCAAAUUCAUGGGGGUCUGUCAGCUGCCAAACAAGGAAGAUGGAACAGCCUAUCCGCACAGGAGAAUCGAUAUCCGGCUCAUCCCCAAGGAUCAGUAUUACUGUGGUGUGCUGUAUUUCACAGGGAGUGAUAUCUUCAAUAAGAACAUGAGAGCUCAUGCUCUGGAAAUGGGCUUCACCAUCAACGAGUACACAAUCCGUCCUUUGGGCGUCACUGGAGUUGCUGGGGAGGCCCUGCCAGUAGAAUCAGAAAAGGAUAUCUUUGACUAUAUCCAGUGGACGUACCGAGAGCCAAAGGAUCGGAGUGAAUAAGGGCUUGCCUGGGCUUGUGACCUCCAGGGAUGUUUCCUUAACUUCUGAAGAUCAAAGAAAGUGCACAUUAAAUCCUGCAAGAUACAAUUGUGAUAUCUCUCUCUCUCUUUCUCUCCCCCUUUCUCCUUCUUGCCCCCACCUUAAAUCUCAUUAAGACACUUUCAGGGCUGCAAUACCAGGAGACCCUGUGGGGAUGGUGCUGUGGCAGAGGAUGCCUGGUGGCUUUUGCUUUGGUUAAAAACUUACCAGGCAGGGAAUCACAGGUUCCUGUUUAACCUCUGAGAAGCAGAAACAAAGCUCUGAAGACAUUUUGAUCUCCUUUGUGGGCUGUUCUCUUAACUUUGUGUCCUGUCUCUGUGUGUUACAGGUUUGGUGAGGUAUGCAGAGACUUUGUAAACGUGUACAAAUGCUCCAUGGACAUAAAAGGGUUAUUUUCUGCCUCCUCUGCAUUAGCUCUGCUGCUGAGUUUGCUUUUGAAAAGCAGUGUGCUUUACUGAAUAACAUCCCUGCUAAUGUCUUCCUGAUAGAAAAGCUGGCUGCAGCAUCCCUUGUGGCUUUUGAACCCACAAGAUGUGUGUCUGUGUGGAGAUUGUUCUUACCCCGUUGCCUCUGUUCCAUGUAUUUGAUCAGAGUGUGCUGCCUAUUCUGGCACUAACUUUCCUGUAUUUAUGGAACAUCAGCAUGGAAUGUGUUGCUGCUCCUGUAUUUUCAUACCUUGUGGGAGUACAAGGCACAUAAACUGCAAAGCUUGAAAAGGCUAAUUUACUAUUGCUACUUCUAUAACACUUAGUGUGAUAGAUGAGGUCCUCAGUCUGCUGUUACAGGCGCAGAGAGGGGUCUGCAUCUGGGUCGUGUGACUACUUAACCUGACCUGAAUCAUGAAACAAAGGCAGAUGUGGUGCUGUUCCUUAUUUUUACCUGACCGAAGCCUGAAGCACCACUCCAUUUUUACAUGCCCCUUUAUAAUUAGUGCUGAUGAGUCUGCGUAAUGGAGAUUAGAGACUGAUACUCUCACCUGUCCCUUUAUUUUCUGCUGUUUGUCCUACUGGGAGUUGAUUUUGUGUGACCAUUCCCCAGCUCCAAUGCAGGCAGUGCUCUGGAAGGUGACUACAAGCUGAUGUGGUGCUACAUGAAGUCUUCUGAUGCCUCAGAAUAAAGAAGCCUUUUAUUCCUUGA